ACUUUAUAUUGUAUAAUGCUUUUUCAUCGCAAAUCUCAAGAGUUGAGCAGCGGUGGAUCCACACAGCAGCAGCAACUGGAAAGUCAGGCUAGUAGUCAGCUUACUGACAUUCCCGAAGGAGUAGAUCCUUCAUUCUUGGAGGCAUUGCCGGAAGAUAUGAGAGCGGAAGUCAUUCAAGAACACUUGAGAUUGCAACGAAUGAGCGCACGCAGUAGCAAUGGCGCGGGAGAAGCGAGCACCAGCGGUGCAGCAAGUUUGGCCAUUCUGGAAGUGAACGCCGACUUCCUCAACGCUCUGCCUCCAAACAUCCAAGCCGAAGUGCUCGCUCAACAGCGUUUGGAGCAGCAACGCCAAGCGGCCGCUGCAGCCAAUCCCAACGAACCUAUGGAUCCAGCUGCAUUUUUCGAGGUAGUAACUCGUAUUAUUUGAUUUUAUUUAAUAAUC